AUGGAACAGCUGGUGAAACACCUGUCCAAGUGUCAGCACCUGGGCUGGAUGAAUGUGAUUGAGCUGAAGAGCGCCUCCAUCCAUUGGCUGUCCUGUGGCCGGAGGGCAGAGCCUGACAUCUGGAGUAAAAUGUUCUGCAUCCUGUCAGAUUCACGCUUAUUGAUGCUGGAUGACCUGGAGGUUCAUCCUCUGCUCCUCACAGAGAGGGCGGAGACUUGCACUGUGUGGUUGCUUAGAUACACACUCCAUGUGACCUCAGCACCUCCUCGCUCCACCCACAAAGAUGCUCCAGAGAAGGGGGUACGCAGACAGAGCAUGCCCAGCAGCUCCAUUGUGGACACACCCACUGCCAGAGUGACAGGAUUUCUGUCUCGGAGGUUGAAGCAGUCUCUGCGUCGGACUCGAUCUCAGCCCAAACUGUCUCGUCACAGCAGCUUAAAGAAUGAGCAGAUCAAUGCAGCUGACACCAGGUGUGUGAUGCGGCGGCUGCGUUGCGGUAGCCAGGAGUCGUUGCUAAGCACUGGCUGUGUGUCGUCUCUUGAGCUCAGGAUGGACCAAUCAGUGAUCAUCAAACCGGUUCACUCAUCCCUGCUGGGACAGGACUACUGCUUUGAGGUAACAACCUCAACGGGUACCAAGUGUUUCUCAUGUCGCUCGGCAGCAGAAAGAGACAAAUGGAUGGAGAACCUGCGACGCGCCGUUCACCCCAACAAGGACAACAGCCGGCGGCUGGAGAACGUGCUGACGGUGUGGGUGGUGGAGGCCAAAGACCUGCCAGCCAAGAAACGGUACUUUUGCGAGCUGUGUCUCGACGACAGCCUCUACGCUCGGACAUCCUGUAAGCUGAAAACUGACAACAUCUUCUGGGGCGAACGCUUCGAUUUCAGCAGCCUCCCACCUGUUACCUCCAUCACGCUGCACCUGUACAAGGACACCGACCGGAAGAGAAAGAAGGACAAAAGCAGCUACGUCGGGUUAGUCAAUAUCCCCGUUGCCACAGUGACCGGCAGACAGCUGGUGGAGAAGUGGUAUACGCUGAGCACGCCCAGUACGAUCCGAGCUAAGUCAUCGGUGCCAACAGUGCGGGUCAAAGCUCGCUACCAGAGCAUCGUCAUCCUGCCGAUGGAACAGUACAAAGAGUUUGCGGAGUACAUCAGCUCCAACUACCUGCUGCUCUGCUCCACCCUGGAGGCGUCCAUCAGUCUGAGAGCCAAGGAGGAGCUUGCUGCUGCACUUGUGCACAUCCUGCACAGCACGGGCAAGGCCAAGGACUUCCUGACAGAUCUGAUGAUGUCAGAAGUGGACCGUUGCCGUGACAAUGACCAGCUGAUCUUCAGAGAGAACACAUUGGCGACCAAAAGCAUUGAGGAAUACCUGAAGCUGAUUGGACAGAAAUACCUGCAGGAUGCGCUCGGUGAGUUCAUCAAAGCCCUGUACGAGUCUGAUGAGAACUGUGAGGUGGACCCAUCUCGCUGUGCGACCUCUGACCUCGCAGAGCAUCAGGCCAACCUGAGGAUGUGCUGUGAGCUGGCAUUCUGCAAGAUUCUCGACUCGUACAGGGUCUUCCCCCGGGAGCUGAAGGAGGUGUUUGCAUCAUGGCGGCAGGAGUGUGGUAACCGGGGACGACCAGACAUCAGUGAGCGCCUCAUCAGCGCCUCAUUGUUCCUACGCUUCCUGUGUCCAGCCGUGAUGUCACCAUCACUAUUCGACCUGAUGCAGGAAUACCCUGACGAACGCACAGCGAGAACCCUGACGCUGAUUGCCAAAGUGAUCCAGAACCUUGCCAACUUCAGCAAGUUCGGCACUAAAGAGGAGUACAUGUUGUUCAUGAAUGACUUUGUGGAGCGGCAGUGGAGCAGCAUGCAGCGCUUCCUGCAGGAGAUCUCAAACCCUGAUGGACUGAACCACACUGCUGGCUUUGAUGGAUACAUUGACCUAGGCCGGGAGCUGUCCAGCCUGCACACUCUGCUGACUGAGCUUGACCAGUCGUGUCUGUCAAAGCUCGGCCCUCUUCCUCGGAUCCUCAGAGAUGUGUCGGGGGCGCUUGCUAACCCAGGGGGUGUGGCCAGUGCUGGAGGCGUGUCUGUUUCUUCUCCAGAGCCUCAACGUGUGGUGUCUCCACCCCCUCUGUCCCCACCCCCUUUGUCUCCACCCCUUUCUCCGCCUCUUGCUACUUGCAAUCCCUCUGUUGGCCUGCAGGGCGGCAUGGGACUGGAUGGAGGCUUGGUAGAUUUCACCAGACUUCCCUCUCCAACUCCUGAGAACAAAGAUUUGUUUUUCGUCACUAAAGGAUCAAGUCUGCAGCCUGCUUCUGGCAUGCAGGGUUCUCCAGCACCAAGCUCAUCCUACUCAGAACCUAAUGAGAACGAGGCAGCGUUUGAAAUGACCAAUGGGGGCCGGAGGGAGGGGUUUGAGCUGACCAAUGAGAGCCGCAGCCUGUCUCUGGUGGACCUGCAGGACUCCUCCCCUGGUGAUGGCCUCGACGAUGGUCAGUGGCAGCGCAGAACGGGGCUUCUCCCCCUCUCCUUCCAGAACCCCGUCUACCACAUGACCACCACGUCACCACGGCAGCCGCAGCAGCAGACUGACGCCACGCCCUCAGACGGCUCGGUGGGGUCACAGGGGAAUGCUGAUGACAGGAACGCCCUGGCAACCAAACCAGCCUUUCUUACCCAGAUGUCAGUGGGGCUGGCAGGUGGGGAGAGGGGGGAGAGGAUGUCUGCCAUGUCUAGUAGCAGCAGCGGCGAGGAGUACUCGAGGCGAGCGUUGUCCCUCAGCGAGACACUCACAGGUAGUUCUGCUCCACCCCGGCAGAAUUCCUCAGGUCCUCAGAGACGAAUCGAUCAACCUCCUCCGCCAUCCUCAGCCCCACCAGGACCUCCUCGAGGCCGGACGCCUCCCAGCAUGCUCAGUGGUGGCAGUGGGGGAGGCUCUGCCUACCCUCCACGUCCUGCCUCUGGCAGCAUGAUGUCAUCAAGCCCUGAUUGGCCAAGCAGCGGCCAGUCACGGCUCAGACAGAUGUCGUCGUCAUCCAAAGGAGACAGUCCUGAGAAACAGCGGCCCGCUGCCAAGGCUCCAUCUCCCUGUGCGUUGGACCGGACGGCAGCCUGGCUACUCAACAUGAACUCCACCUCCUCCUACGGAGAGACAGAGGACGACCGCCAUGAUGACAGCCUCGUGGAGAAGUACCAGCAGGAGAUUGCGUUGCUGCAGGAGAAGUUGCGAGUUGCUGCUCUACGACAGGAAGAGUGUGAAGCUCGUCUGAUGGUCCAGGAUCAGCAGAACCAACGCAUGCUGCAGGAGUACCAGGCUCGCCUCGAGGACACAGAGAGUCGGCUGAGGAGGCUGCAGGACGACAAAGACCUGCAGAUGAACAGCAUCAUCAGCAGGUUGAUGGCAGUGGAGGAGGAGUUAAAGAAGGAUCAUUCUGACAUGCAGGCUGUGGUCGACUCCAAGCAGAAGAUCAUAGAGGCACAGGAGAAGAGGAUCGCGAGCCUCGAUGCAGCUAACACUCGUCUGAUGGCGGCUCUGACUCAGCUGAAGGAGCGUUACGCUGUGACGUCACAGAGGAACGGCCUGUCUCCCAGCAACACGUCAUCGCUGCAGAUAACCGAGAAUGGGGAGUUCCGCAACUCUGGCAACUGCUGAGCUCCGAUUGGCUGUUACUGCAGGGAGAAGGAGGGGCUUAGCCUCAUGAGCCCACUGGAGGCGGGGCUAACUGAUAGACUGUUUUACAGAUCAGCCUCUGACCUGACGCCACCCCUUUUCCUAGGUUACCCCUCAUUUCCUGUUUUUGUUUUGCACGUUUUCUCUUUGGACUAGCUACAGAAUCUGACAUCAUAUCCUGUUUACAUUUUGGUACUUCCUGUUACGAGUCAGAAAAAACAAAAAACAAAAAAACAAAAUGGACAUUUUAUUAUGGCUUUACACCACAUGGAACAACUCCACCCAAAUGGCUCUGGACUGGUGUAGCUCCAUCUGUACAGCUCUGGACUACACCAGUCCAGAGCUGUACAUGGCUCUGGACUGGUGUAACCCCACCCCUACAUGGCUCUGGACUGGUGCAGCUCCAUCUGUAUGGCUCUGGACUACACCAGUCUGGUGUAGCUCCACCCGUAUGCCCCUGGACUGGUGUAAUCCCACCUGUACAUGGCUCUGGACCGGUGUAGCUCCACCCGUACAUGACUCUGGACCGAUGUAACCCCACCCAUACAUGGCUUUGGACUACUGUACGGCUCUGGACUGGUGUAAUGUAUUUCUCGUUUUAGACUCUUUAUCUUUUGAUUGUAUUUUAAAGGAAUAGUCCAACAUUUCUGUUUGAGCCACUUCACCCCGAGCCAGAACGUCUUCAUUCCAGUUAGCCUAACUUAGCACAAAGACUUGAAGCAGAGGCAAAGUGUUAGCCUGCGCUACCCAAGCAGAACUAUAAGUGAUUGUGCUAGCCCCUCAGGGCUUCCGUAGCUUUGAAUAUUUUCAUGUGGAUGAGGCAGAGUUAGAGACGCUAGUUUGUUGUUUGAGAGAAUUCUUCUGAUUUUAAUGUAAACACCAGAUUUUAUUGUAAAGCAGUACAAACUUUAAAUUGUGAUGAAUAGUUUGUGAACACACACACACACACGCACACACGCACACACACACACACACACAGACUGUCUCUGCUGUGCUCACUGUGGCUUCUGUCUGUUUAUGUUCCUCUUAUUGUUAUUUAUCCACGUUGGUAUUUAUAAAGAGACGCUACAAUAAACUAA